AUGAAAUCAAAAAAGAAAAAAACAGAUGUUGUUUAUGCAAUUUGUCAAAUAAAAGAUUGUACACGUAAAUAUGUCUAUCAUGGUUCUACAACUAAUUAUACAAAACAUCUUCGUGAUGAUCAUCAUAUUACUGAAGUUUCAUUAUCUUCAAAAACUCCAGAAGAAAUAAGCAAUCUAAAACAACCAAAAAAACAACAAUCUAUUGAUGAACUUCUAUCAAGACCUCUUAGUUCAAGAAGACAAAAAUUAUUAAAUCAAGAUCUUGUGAAAUUUAUAGUAGGAACAAGACAACCAUUAUCUAUUGUUGAAA